AUGUAUGCUAAUAGAACUGCAGGCUCAACAGCUUUGAAACGUCUCAUGACUGAAUACAGAGAGUUGACAUUGAACGCACCUGAGGGCAUCACUGCAGGCCCUGUUGAUGAAAAUAACUUUUUUGAGUGGGAAGCCCUUAUUGCUGGACCUGAAGGUACUCCUUUCGAAGGAGGAUUGUUCCCAGCAACGCUUACUUUUCCCAAAGACUAUCCUCUAAGCCCACCCACCAUGAGAUUCACCUGCGAUUUCUUUCACCCCAAUGUAUACCAAAAUGGCACUGUGUGUAUCUCUAUUCUACAUCCUCCUGGAGAUGAUCCCAACAUGUAUGAAAGUAGUUCAGAGCGAUGGAGUCCUGUUCAAAGUGUUGAAAAGAUCCUGUUGAGUGUUGUUAGCAUGUUGGCAGAACCCAAUGAUGAAAGUGGUGCUAAUAUCGAUGCAUGUAAAAUUUGGAGAACAGAUCGUGAACGUUAUAACGAGAUUGUAGCUGAAAAUGCAAGAAAGACAUUGGGAUUGUAA